AUGGAUACGCGUCGUGACACAGCAGCCGUAUCGACCCCAGCCCUGUUCCCAGAGCGUCAUCCGAUGGCGCCUGCACAGAUCGCGGCUGGCGUCCAGGCAGUGCUGGCAGUGCAGCGUCGCGCAGUAGCACUCGGCAAGCGCCCCUUUGCCGCAGCGCUGGUAGGACCCGACAACGACACCGUGCUACUGAUGCAUCAGUCCGUGGACCAGGUACACCACGCCGAGAGCGAGCUCGCUAGGCUGGCGUAUAAACACUACCCGAAAGAGUUCCUAUGGCGGUGCACGCUCUUCAGCACGUGGGAACCCAACGACCAGCUAUAUGAACUGACCGGUCCGGGCAAUAAGGAGAAUUUCACGAUGGACUGGCAUACUAGAGAUGUUUUAAAGGGAUGUCCGCAGAAGGAUAUCGAGGUGAUCGGACCAUUGGAAGAAGAGGGCAGGACGGUGGUGGAAGAGAGCGAUAAAUAUUGGAGUAAGACAAGGACCAGCAGUGGCUUGAGUCGUUGA